AUGCGAUCAUCGGGCCCUAAACGUCCUCUAGGCCUCCGAUGGCGUGCCAACAGCCUCUUCAUCCUCACCACCGUGGCAGUCGGUAUGUUCACGGACUUGUUUCUGUAUGGCCUAGUCGUCCCAAUCCUGCCAUUCAUGCUCAAAGAGCGAAUGGGCCUCGCUGAUGACAAGAUCCAAUCCUACGUCUCUGGCCUCUUGGCCGCCUAUGCAGGUGCUAGUGUCAUCUUCUCAAUUCCCGUGGGUAUUGUCGCCGACAGGACUAACGCGCGCCGGACUCCCUUCCUGUGCGGCCUUGCUGCCUUAUUGGCCGCAACGCUCAUGUUGGCCCUUGGCCGUAACAUCGCCAUGCUGGUUGUGGCGAGGAUUCUCCAAGGCACCAGUGCCGCAGUUGUCUGGACGGUCGGGUUGGCUAUGGUGCUGGACACUGUCGGACCGAACCAUCUUGGAAAAGUGAUCGGAUCGAUUUUCUCCUUCAUUUCUGUUGGCGAGCUUGCAGCCCCUGUCCUAGGCGGAGUUCUGUAUCGGAAAACGGGUUAUCUUGGAGUUUUCGGUCUGGGCUCGGCAUUACUCGCUGUCGAUUUCCUUCUGCGGGUAUUAGUGGUCGAGACGAAAGUCGCAGUCAAGUACGAAGAGGAGCAUGGCAAUGUCAGUUCACCAGAGUCCCAGGACCAAGACCCUGCAACAAUGAGUGCUAGCCCCGGACGCGCCAGAGGUGUCCAUCAGCGAGGUAGUACCCGUCACGGAACAAGGGGCAUUGGUAUCCGCUCGCACAAUGGCAACAACAAAGACAGCAGCGAGGAAGAUGCCCUGUUGCCCAAAAAGGCGCGAGGGAGAGGAGGAGCUGAUGAUGAUGAUGACGACGACGACGUCGACCUUUGUCAUUAUUUUAUUCCUCCAGAGAGUCAGAACGGAUUAAUUCGAGCCAUGCCCAUUCUGUACUGUCUUGGCGACGCACGCCUCCUCGUGGCUCUACUGCUUGCCUUCGUCCAAGCCUUUUUGCUGGCCACGUUUGACGCAACCAUCCCGACCGAGGCCCAAAGUCUCUUCGACUUCGACUCGCUGCAAGCCGGUCUUUUGUUCAUCGCCCUCGACAUUCCGUACCUGCUCUGUGGGCCUAUUGCAGGCUGGGCGGUCGACAAGUACGGCACAAAGCCGGCCUCAGUGCUCGGAUUCGGGUAUCUCGUCCCCACGCUCAUCCUGCUCCGUCUUCCCACCAUGCAAGUCGACCAGAAUCACAACCACAACAAGAUCAUCGCUUACUGCGCUCUACUGGCUCUCAACGGCAUCGGUCUGGCUGCAAUCGGAUCCCCCAGCAUCGUCGAGGCCAGCGCCGUCAUGCAAAAGUACGCCAAGGCGAACUCGGCUCUCUUCGGCCAGAACGGGCCCUACGCUCAGCUCUAUGCGUUCAACUCCGUCGUCUUCAGCGCCGGCUUGACCAUCGGUCCGGUCGUCAGCGGCGCCCUCCGCGACCGCAUCGGAUACGCCGACAUGAACGCGGCGGUCGCGGCCGUUUCGGGCUUGGCCGCCCUUCUGUCGUUCUUGUAUGUCGGUGGAAAGCCAAAGUUGACCUUGAACUGGCGCCGUGUGUUGUUGACCUUCGGUACAAAGGCACCCCUCAACGACAGAGACGGAUAG